UUCCUCCCAUGACGUCAUCUUUGGGGGCGGGGCUUCCGUUGUCAGGAGGAGUGACGUAACAUUUAUUUUGGAAAAACGAGUCUGACCAGAGGAGAGGGAAGAAUGGAGCAAAGCGCUGAAGAUUACAAGCUGAUAUUUGAGAAGGAGGGAGUUUACCUCCACACAAACGCCAAGAGGAAUAACCAGGACACGUCCAAACCCGGGUUCAUUCGUGUUGUAGAGCGGGCUGGAGUGCCCGCUUUGGAGUGGAGCCCGCUAGAGGAUGAAGGUCGGAGUGCCCCGGCUGUACUCUACACUAAAAAGGACGGAGAAGGAGGGGAGGAGGAUCCGAACUUUGACCCCGGGUAUGAGCCUGACUGGGCCGUUAUCAGCACGGUGAAGAAAGAUCACGAGCCGGCCCCGACCAGAGACUCAGGACAGUGGUCGUUCUCUCUGCCUCUCUCAGAGCUGUACUGCCUCCGGAGAGCUCGCUUCUCGCUGGGACGAAACUUCCUCGUGUUGACUAGUCGAGGGGGACACCCGCUGCCCCCGCUGCACUUCCACAGAGGGGGAACGAGGGAGCUGCUGAGGGCGCUGCAGCGUUACAUCAUCCUGGACCAGUCACCGGUUGACGGGCGGCUCUUCCUCGCCUAUCCUCACGACUCAGGCGCUCUCUCUCAGUCCUUCGACAAGCUGCAGCUUUUCGAUGACGGCGGCAGUGAUCUUGUUACGAGAUUCAUCCAGGACCCGUACGCCACAACAUUUGGCGGAUUCUCAAAAGUCACCAACUUCUUCAAAGCGGCGCUCCGGCCUCCAGAUUCCCCCGCCCACGCACGCAACUCUCAGGAUCCCAAUCUGCCCCCUCAGUCUGACGACGAGCCCGGUUUUGAACUCAUCACAUGUGGGGUGGAGCUCGGUCCCAGACCGCAGGUAACGAGGGGGCGACCUCUGGACAGAUGGGAGGAGUUUCUGGACGCAGAGGGGCGAGUGAAGAACCCAGAGAGGAUCAGAGAAACCGUGUUCAGAGGGGGCAUCAUACCGCCGCUGAGGAAAGAGGUGUGGAAGUUCCUGUUGGGCUUUUAUCCGUGGAACAGCACCACAAAGGAAAGAGAGGACAUUCUGCGGGUCAAAACGGACGAGUACUUCAGGAUGAAGGUGCAGUGGAAGUCGGUGAGUGAAGAGCAGGAGAUGAGGAACUCCCUCCUCAGAGGAUACAGAAGCCUGAUAGAGAGAGACGUCAGCAGGACGGACAGACACAACACCUUCUUCUCUGGGAACGACAAUCCAGGACUGACUCUGCUUCACGACGUGCUCAUGACGUACUGCAUGUACAACUUUGAUCUCGGUUACGUUCAAGGGAUGAGCGAUCUCCUCUCUCCUCUCCUCUUCGUCACGCAGAACGAGGUGGAGUCCUUCUGGUGUCUGGUGGGCUUCAUGGAGCUGGUGCACCAGAACUUUGAAGAGUCUCAGGAGGCCAUGAAGAAGCAGCUCCUGCAGCUCAGUAUCCUGCUGAAGGCUCUGGACCCUGAGCUCUGCGACUUCCUGGACUCUCAGGACAGCGGCUCUCUGUGCUUCUGUUUCCGCUGGCUGCUCAUCUGGUUCAAGAGAGAGUUCUCCUUUGAGGACAUCCUCACCUUGUGGGAGGUCCUCUGGUCUCGACUCCCAUGCGACAACUUCCACCUCCUGAUCGCCUGCUCCAUCCUUCAGUCUCAGAGAGGAGAGCUGAUCGGCUCCGACCACGACUUUAACACCAUCCUGAAGCACAUCAACGAGCUCACGAUGAAGCUGGAUCUUCAGACUGUUAUGCUGGGAGCUGAGGCCAUUUACCUCCAGCUGAUUCAGUGCAAGGAGCUCCCCCUGAAGGUGCAGCAGGUCCUGGGUCUCUACGUCCCAUCCAGCUCUGAGGAGGACAGUCCCAACUCCCAGGCCAGCGAGACGACACAGCUCCUCAGCCAAUCAGAAGCAGGCGCUACGUCAUGUAGCCCAGCAUACGUCCCCUCCUAUCCUUAAACCUGCAGAACUGACAGAUGUAUGGAAAGUAUUUAUAUGAGACUAAAUAUAUAUAAGAGGAAGCUAUGUAUAUAUAUGUAUACAUACAUAUAUAUAUAUAAUGUGAAUGAUCUGAUUAGAAGGACUUUGUUGAAGACUGUUGUUACUGUGUGUGGAAGGCAGGGGGCGUUGUUGAGGCCUUUUUAUUCCUUUAAAUGUACCCAUGGAUGUUCCAGCUGAAGCUGUCUGAUGCUUGCAGUGCUCCGUGUCUUUAAAUAUGUCGUCCUCUUUGUUCACAUGUCUCUGUGAAGGAGUACUGCCAUCCUCUCUCCUCCUCCUCCUCUUCGCGCUGCUCUUUUACCCUCUCACACAUACUUUGAUCGAUGCUGCCUGUUUUUUUUCUGUCAUGGCGUACUUUGGUUGAGAUGUCCGUGACGUCCCCCUCGCCGCCGUACCUGCAAAGGGAAGAAGAUGAAGGAUAACCUCUCCUCGUUAGUACUGUAUAAUGCCAUUCCAGCUCUAUGCAAACUCUUUGCAUGCCUUAUAGUUUCCACAAGUGGAGUGGUGAUAUUUUAAGCCUUGUAAUUAUCUCUAUUAUGUCAUUAUGUUUUCAUCCAUUGAUUAUUACUAAAUAAAAGGUUGAAUCUUA